AUGAACAUAAACGAGAAACCGCGAGCAGCACCAAGAGUGCGUACUACAAAUGAAAGUAGCACGGUAAUUUUUGCAUUCACACUGAAUAUUGUCGUUAAGAAAGCAGUUACUUGUUACAGUUAUGCGGAGAGUGCACUUCUAUUGAAUAUGAUUCGAACGCUGACCACGAGCUCCUCGGAAGACCAAAAAGAAUUGGAUCGUCGUCGACUGGAGAUGGGUUUUGCUGAAUCCUCAGCUGAAAUUGAUCAAUUGAAUGGACACAUGGAUGAUCAUCGACUCAUUUACAUUUCCGCACAAGAAAUGAUUGUUUUAGAGCAUGAGAAUGAUGUUGGCACGUGUCUGGAGUCGUUUCGUAGUGUCUCUUCUCGACUAACAGCAUGUCGUGAACGUGUGCACAGUGUAAGAAACGGUCUGUUGACUUGUCGUACUCUGCUGCAAUGUAGACGGGAUGAUCUGAAACGAUUAUGGAUGGAGAAUGCGCAACAGCGUCAUGUCAGCUAUAUUCUCGCGCAAAUAGAAUCGAUAAAGAAAAUCGGAAACGAAGUUGAUGAAGCAGUUGCUCGGAAGGAUUAUUUGAGCGCGGCCAAUUCACUGAAGGAGGCUGACUCACUUUUGAAUGGUCCCUUUUCGAACAUCGACGGGCUUAGCCAUCUUCGCACUCACGUUCAUGAAACCUCAAAGAAAUUGGUUGAACAUCUUGUCGAUGAUGUCAUGAAUCAUCUUAUCGUGCGACCGUUUGAAUUGCAGUUAUUGGAUCUAAUCAGAUCUUUGCCAGAGAAUAAAGUUAGCGAAUCCGUUGAAUGCACUUCAAUAAUAGCGCAUUGUUCAUCAACAAAACGCGAUGGUAUCGGCGCAGAAUCAGAAUGCGGUAGAGCACAAUUGUUGUGUUGUAUUCGUGCGUUGUGUGUAUUUGGUUACUUGAAGACUUCACUCAAUCGCAUUUUAAAUGCUUCACCGACUCUUUUACAAAAACAUAUUCAUUUGUCAGCAGCGAUUAUUUGUGUCGCAUUCAAUGGCAACCAAAAGGGAGAUUCACGACAUCUGGCACAUUACAUGCUAUUGUUAUUGAAGCAGCUGCAUGCCAGCUAUGAAGCACACUGUUCAGUGGACGAACAAGUCCAAAAGGUGCAGUCGGAAGACAGCAGUAUCGAUGAAGUAAUCUCAUUGUCGGCUAAUUUUUGGAUGAUGGCUCAAGAAGCGAUCGAAAAAGUGGUAUCCGAAUACGUUUAUGAACACAUUAGUGCGUCGUCAUCUGAAGGUACAGGUGAAAAAUCAACUGAAAAGACACUGCUAUUUCGAUUUGACGCAUCUGCAUGUGCUACCACAACUUCAAGCAGUCAAGCUUCAAAGCAGACUCACGCGACUGUAUGCUUGCCGUCACCUUGGAAUAUCACCUCUCUUUAUCCUCAGUUGGAACGAUUUUGCACUGAGCUGGAAUCAAAAAAUGGACAGAAGCCUUGCCGAUUGCGUCGUUUUUUGCAUUCGUUCAUAGUCGAUGUUUUUAUUGGUCGUUUCCAGUGUAAACUCGAGAGACUUGCAGAGAAGGCUCUUCACGGAAAUGACGCAUGGCGUGUUCUCAUGCAUCACUCCAAUCCGAAAGUGUUGGCGAGUUGUUGGAAUAUGCUCGCGGUGUGCGAUGAAAUUGGUAAGUUAAUCGAAACGAUGGCUGCUUAUACUGAGCGACUGUCAGCCCUUUGGCUCCUUGUCAUCGACGAAUUUGCCAGAAGUGCAACGAAUGUUUAUGAACGGAUCAUUCGUCCGUCAAGUGAAGGCGAAGAAGGGCGUGAACGACGCAAGAUAAGUGCAGCAUGGGCGGUUGACGAAGAUAUCUCUCGUCUGUUAAAAAGUCUACCCAAUUGGUUCAUGGUGAGCACAUAUGAAUCAACGCCAACGCCAUCGUUAGGCACACCAAGUGCUCUUUUACCAUGCACGGAAAGUGAAUCGGAUAUAAGGCAGAGGAACGAACGUGAAUCUGAGAUUCUUAUAGGCAAUCUCGGUACUGCAAAGCAGUUGGUUCGUGAUGAGCUGAUUACUGAUAUGGAGUUAAUUCGUUCGUUGGUAUGCAUGCACGAAUCGCUCAAAUGGUUUUGCAGCAGUAUGCGCUCUCUUAUCGCAUCUUUGCCUGAAUCGGCUCGUAAUGCGAUGCGUAACUGUCUCAUUCAGAUUCAAUCAUCCACUUCCGAGCUCAGCGCUCAAACGCAACAGGAAAACAUCUACUCAGCGGUCGAGAGACGUCUGAGCGAGUUGGAUUCUAUGGCUGAUACGUGUCUGCUGAUCAUCCAUCUGGAACUGCGUGUUCAUUGUUUCUUUCAUUUGUUACCGCUCGCGCGUGUGCGACCAUCACUGCCUCAUGAUGAACUCGAUAAUGAAGUAAUCGAUUUUGGUAGAGAUAUGGUACAAUUUCAUCAGUUGUUGAAUUCGCAUUUACCACUUCAUAAGAUGAAGUAUCUUUUCGAUGGUCUUGGGCAUUUGUCUGCCUCGAUUUUCAUCCAUUCGAGUCAACAUAUGCAAAAAUUGAGUGAGAAUGGUAAGAAACGUGUUUGUCGAAAUGUUUUUGCUGUGCAACAACGACUUAGUCAAUUGACUGGAAGACGAGAAAGUGAACUGGAACGAGCACGUGCAUUUUUUGAAUUAUUGAACCACGAUCCUGACCAGUUAUUGGCCUUGAUUUUGGAAAGAGGUGCCGUUUUUUCGCAUCUUGAGUACACUUAUCUGCUUUCAUUAGCUGUUCGAUCACAUCCGAUACUUGGCGCUCAACCAGGUGCUCUCGAACAGAGAAUAUCACAACUGAAGUCAAUCUUGUCACAUAUCAAGAGGGCGUGA